UAAUCCUUGAACCUGAUACAUUUAUUGUCAGUCUGUGGUGCAGUUAGUUGGAGUUUUCAGCUGGUAACCAAAAGAUUGGUGAUUUGAGACGAUCCAGAGAUGAAACACCCACUGUUGAGGAAGUUCAUUAUUGUCUGGUGGUUCAUAUCGCAGGAAACUGGGGUUCAAUUUCCCAGCGGGGAUAAAUCGUUUUCCGUGGUUAGCUGUGGAAGAUGAGGUCAGUUUUUACUGCAGGAACUGGAAUGCAUCAUCAACUCCAGGAAUAACAGUUUAAUUUGAUUUUUUUAGCUCCUCCACUUGCGGAUUAAAAAGUGGACUUGAACAGUUAUAUUGCACUCAACUGCUAACAGGGACAAAUGGACUACAAUUAAAAACUCAGGCUGAGUGAAACAAGUAGAACAACACUUGUGAAUUCCACAAUGUUCAUGAGAGUGUCAACACGAAUUCUCCCAUGUGUGGUCAGUGUUCUGUUUAACACAGAAGGUACACCAAGAAAAGCUACACCAAAGUCUUUUAAGAAAGAGCAUCAUCCUUAUUAUGACUUAUCUGUGAAAAUUCUACGAGCAAAGAAUAUUGUUGGAGGAGAUUUCUUGUAUAAAGCAGGCUGUUACGUUUCUUUACACCUCCCUACGGCAUCUGCAGUAGAUUACAGAACAAAAACCAUAUCCAAUAACAACAAUCCUGAGUGGGAUGAAACUUUCAAGUACAGGAUCCAGAGUAUGGUGAAGCAUGUACUGGAACUCUCCCUCUACGAUGCCACAGUUAAAGGGACAAAACAUCUAUCGACAGUAGCCUUUGAUAUUGGAAAAAUUGAACAUGGGAGUGAUUUGAAGACUACUGUAGACCUGAAGGAUGACGAGCAACUGGAAGUGGAGUUUCAUUUGGCAAAAUGCAACGAUCCUCCUGUUGAAAUCCUCACUAAUGGCGUGCUUGUGGCUCAACCCUGUACUUGUGUGGAAACCAAAGUGAAGAAGGUCAACAAUCUCCACCAGGUAGGCACAGUAUCACCUGUCCCAAAAGAUCAGAGUGUUGACCUGAGACUGAAGGCUAAGAAAUGCUAUGAAGAUCUUGAUGUGCGCCUGAAUUUUGACAUUGCUGAUUCAGAGAAAGAAUUCCUUGUAAAGAGAAAGAAAUUUAGCGCACGAGCACUGAAGAAAGUACUGAACUUAAAGAAGACUCCGAAGGACAGCAAUGUGCCUGUUAUAGCAAUCCUCGCGUCAGGGGGUGGAGUUCGAGCAAUGACGUCCCUUUAUGGUAUUCUGCAUGGUCUACAGCAGAUACAUGUCCUGGACUGUGUAACCUACAUAAUUGGAGUAUCAGGAUCAACCUGGUGUAUGUCUACACUGUAUCAGGAUGCCAACUGGUCUCUCAAGGAUUUGAAAGAACACAUUGAGAAAGCUAAGGAACAGGUGACAAAAAGCAAGACCAGUGCCCUGUCCAAGGAUCGCUUAGGAUAUUAUAUCAAUGCUUUAGUAGAGAAGAAUCGUUCAGGACACAAUGUGUCAGUUACAGACCUGUGGGGACUCAUCAUCGAAUCAUUUCUCUCCGGAAAGCUUAAAGAGAGAACGAGAUGUGUGUGUUUGGAGGAUAAGGCACGUUGGAGUCCCCAGCAGCUACUUGAACAUUCCUUUGUGAAGCCUCAACUGGUACCGACACCAUCGACCUGCAACGAAGACAGUCGAGAAGAUUCAGCAGGAGGAACGGAUUGUGCAGAAACUGUUAUCCCAAACAGCCAGCUCCUCACUGCAUCUCUUUACACAGACACCCAGAAGCAGCUGUCGCGUUAUUACAAUGAGUUUGAGGAGCUACAGCUUCUGGGAGAAGGUGCCUUUGGGGCUGUCAUCAAGGUAAAGAAUAAAUUAGAUGGCUGCUGUUAUGCGGUUAAACGCAUCCUGGUGAAUCCUUCCAGUAAACAUUUCCGCAGAAUAAAGGGUGAAGUGACAUUGCUAUCACGUCUGAACCAUGAAAACAUUGUAAGGUACUACAACGCUUGGAUCGAGAAAUAUGAAAUCCAACCCGCCUCAAACCCAUCCCCAGAAAACUUGCCAGAGACUCCACCCCAAUGUGAGGUGGAUUAUCAAAACACAGAUGACAUUGAAAAGAAUGCCCCGCCCCCUGUCACGACCAGUUCCGUGGAGUGGAGCACAUCGUGCGAAAGAUCAUCGAGUGUCAAAUGCACGGAGAGGGAGUUGAGUGAUGAGGAUGAUGAUGAAGAGGAUGUAUUCUGUGCAUCAUUUUUAAACUCAGCAGAGCUUUGUCAGUCACUGCUGUCUGUAUCUAUUGUAGGAGUCCCACGUACAUCUGAGGAAGAUAAAAUCAAUCACAGUUUUGUCCUGGAAGCUGAGCAUUCACCAUACAGCACCCUGAACUUUACAUACACACCUGAUGAUUUUGACAAGCUGGUUGAUCUAAAUUGCUACAAUGUGAUGAACAGUAAAGACAUUAUUCUGAUGAUCUUGAGUAAGGCAUUAACCAAGAUGAGUUGAGCCAUAUAAAUGAAUGUUACUGGAUUGAAUACUGAAUUGUUGAACAAGCCUCGUUCUUUCCUAUUCAUCCAUCCCUUGAUUUAUUUGAAGCUGAGUCAGCCUUAAUCUCCUCAUUGAUUUCUUGCAUUGCAGAAAUGUUAACAGACAUCUAGCUCAGACCUUGGUCUGAUCUGUUCAAAACAUGUCACGAGCAAGUAUCAAAUUCUAAUUCGGAAGCGUCCCUCUAGUCUUCUGGUUUAUUCUUCUGGAAUAGCAAUUCACCAUCGUGGCAUUGGGAUUUAAAACUUGAUAGACAUUCCAGCAAAGAGCAUCAAGUUGUCUCACAUCCCCAGAACUCAGACCUCUACUGCAAGGUCAUCAACAUAUCAAUACUGAAUGG